AUGGCUAAAUUGACCUCAGAUCUUUUGGCGCUGCUCAAGCAACGCAAGGACAGAGUUGUCAGUGCACAGUUCUCACUGUCAAAGUCUGCACAAGAAUGCGCCAGUGCUACAGUAGACUUUUUCAAUCUUCUUGAAGAGCUCAAGGACGAUAUUCCAGUCCACCUUUUGUCAUUUGCUGCGUCUCUCAACGCGGCAUCUCUUAGCCUGACCACUUCUGCUCACAAUGUGCUACCCAACGAGCUGCUUAAGACCCCUCAAAAAGAAGCUGCCGCUGCCGCUGCUGCUGCUGCAUCUGCUAAUGCAUCUGCGAUUGCUGCAUCUGCUGCUGCCGCCACCACUCCUCCUAGCCAAAGCAAGCGUGGAUCUAAGCUUCCUCGUCGCAAAUAUACUGUUGACCCUGAUGCACCUAAGAAGCCUACAACGUCUUACUUUUUGUUUGCAGCUACUGAGCGCAAGGUGAUUCGCGAGGAGCGCGAGAAAAAGGGUGAGCCACCACUUGGAAAUAGCGAAAUGACGGUGGAGCUGGCUAAGCGUUGGAAUGAGCUUUCUGCUGAGGGACAAGAGCCAUGGAAGGCCCAGUACUUGGAUCACUACCAGAAGUACAUGGCUGAAAAGAAGCUUUACCUUGCUGGCUUGUCAAAUAAGAAUGCCAAUGGCAAGCCUCCAACUGAAACUUCUCCUAAAGAGGCUAAGAAUGUCAAGAAAAAUGAAGAAGUAGAAGAUGAAAACGAGCUUGAGACUACAUAUGACCAGGAGCACCCCAAUGCCGAAGAAGAAGAAGAAGAGAAAUCUGAGAAUGAGUCUGAGGACGAGUCUGAGAAGGAGGAAGAAGAAGAAGAAGAAGAAGCCAAAGUAGAGGAGGAAGAAGAUGAAGAUGACAGUGUUGAUCUUAAUACGUUCAAGCACAAGGGAGCUGUUGAGUUGAAGGAGGAAUCUGAUAUUGAGUCUGAGGACGAGCACAUUGUAAAGCCCGUUGUGCGUUCGCCUGUUACUCCCAUCAAGAAGCCUCGUGCCUCCAGAAAGAGAAAGAAUGAGACUGAGGCUUCGUCUGAUAACAAGAAGUCCAAGAAGGAAAAGAAGGAAAAGGAAAAAGAGAAAGAAAAGGAAAAGGAAAAGGAAAAAGAGAAAGAAAAGGAAAAGGACAAGAAGAAGAAGGCUACUCGCAAGAAAUCCAGUACCAAGGAAAGCAAGACUUCCAAAGAUUAA